UCCAAAACAGAUCAAAUAAUUCUAUAUUCAAAUAAUAUUCAGUGCAACACAACACAUACAACUCCAAUCAACAUGGAAAGAGAUGAUCCCGAUUGCCAAAAUUUUUCAUUUGGAUCAAGUUCGAGCUCGCAAUCAGGCCUUCCACCGCCAUGUCCAACAAAAAAAAAGGAAAGACGACAAAUAAAAGAUGAACCAGAGGCUAAAUCGGAAAGCUCUCUGCAAUGCUCAAACAUAGUCUCAUCAUCGUCAUCUUCAACUACUACCAUAACCCUUGGUGCCUUUGAUCCUGAGUGUGGAGCGCGAAAGGCUUCUCGAAAGGAGCCCCCAAACAUUGGCUAUGAGCUUAACAUAGCAAAAGCAAUAAUGCAGCAAUAUAGUACAUUGAGCGGAGAUAAUCUAUUUGAUCACAUUAGCGAUAUUAUAAAACGUGUCAUUGACGAGCGACCUCCAAAUGUAAUUGAUUUUUUCGAGGAGUUCAGUAGAAAUGUGCGCGAGCAAAAAUUCCAUCUGCCCGAACGUUUUCCUCCAAAUGCGGUCUUCGAUGAAACCCGAAUGUUUCGUAUCGCUAAGAGGAUUUUAGUAUCAAUGAAGCUCCCUUACACUAUUGAAGGAGAUGAAAUUGUUGCUCCAGAGGACUUAUCUUGUGAGGACGGAAAACCAAAUAUUGAUGAAGAAUUGCGCAUAGUUAUUGAUGACUCGAUGCGUUUGUUUGUUACAUUUAAUGAAAGAGUGCAACAACUUCAGUUUUAUUGGAAUCAAUGCGGAUUCAGCAUCAGUAAUGACGACAUUUUUCAGUUGGCAUGUGCCAUGAACCGUCUUCAGACGCAUCCAUCUAUAAUGCAAUGCCGCUUUUGGGGCUGUAUAAACGGAUUAAAGGCAUCUUAUUAUAUAGUUGAGGCUUCACUUACGCGGGAUGAAGUUAUAUCACGGUUGGCAAUGAUGGAGGAGGAGAUGAGAGAAAAACAACUUCCAUUUAAAAUGCGUAAGAACAGAGAAGAAAAGCCUCCGCCGCCCCAUAUUGGACCUGAACUGACUCCAGGAAUUUAUGGGUGGGAAAACCACCCUCAAGAAGAAUUAGAAAAGAUGCAACCAAAAGCUGUACCUGUUCCCCUAGUAGAGGACUUUGAGUUUUUCGAUAUACCUCCGGAGUAUAUCGGCCUUGGAUGUAACCGAUAUUCAUAUUUUGUGGUGAACUCAUUAUAUGAUGAUUGGAUCGAACUUCCAAUAGUUACUCCACGCCAAAUAGUAAUAUCUCGGCAAAUUAAAAAAUUCUUGACUGGCGACUUGGAAGCCGAUAUUAUAUCAUACCCAUGUUUCCCUGGGAAAGAGAAGCAUUAUCUUCGUGCAUUAAUAGCGCGAAUAACAGCUGGAACCUAUAUAGCGCCGCAAGGAUAUUAUAGAAGAAUGACUAAAAAGGAGAAACGAAUCUUCGAGGGACUGGAAACUGAUGAAGGUGAAGAAGAAGAAGAGGAGGAAGAAGAAGAGAAUUUUGGCGAAGGGGAAGACAUAAUAAAUGACAAUGAUGUUAUGCUUCUCAAAAAUGAGCGCUAUGAAAUAGAACCUCUCGGAUCCCUGGCUACGCCAGUUGCUUGGGUCCACGUUAGACCAAACAUACUGAAUCAGGGCCGUGUAGUUUGGUUCGACGAGGAGAAAGCCCGCAAAGAGCGUGAGAAGGCGCUAGCACUCUAUUUGAAAAUGCUCCUACUAGAGGAAAUGGAGGAAGAAAUGGAGGAGGAAGAGGCUGAAGAAGAAGAUGAGGGUGAAGGCGAUGAAGAAGGAAUGCUUGAUGGAUUUACGCAGCCAGAAACUGGUCCAAAUAUCUUAUCGUCGUGUGCCGGUGAUAUGAGUGAGGAAGUUAUGGUACCUUGGCUAGUACGUCAAACUAGCAAGUACACCAAUCAAAAGGAGCGGGUUCUGAUAAUGCAGUCAAAUGUUUGGCCCGGAGCGUUUACGUUCAUAUUUGAACGCGUUUGUGAAUCAAUUUAUUUGGGCUGGGGUCAUAAGUAUUUUGCACGCAAUAUGCCUUUUAAGCAUUUACCGGCAGUUCAGGAAGAGUUUCCUCACACUGGUGAAGACUUUAUAGAAGCUAGUGAUCCAACUGUUGAAGAAGAAGCUGCUUACCGCGAAUGGCUUCUCAGUAAACAGAAGAGGAAGGAAGAUCCUGGAGAGGACUUAAACGACUAUGAUGAUGAUGAGUUCAAUGAUCAAUAUGACGACGCUGAUACCGAUUGAUGGCUUACAACCUAUUGUUAAAAUUUGUGUGUUUCUUAAAUUUGUUAUUUCCUUGAAAAAAAAAGAACUUAUCGUUUAAUAAAUUUUAGUCAGCAGGCAUUAAUUAAUUAAUUAA